CUGAAAAAACCGCACGCAUUUGUUUGUGCUGCUAAUCAUUUACAAAAAUAUUGGGGAGUUUAACAAUAUAUAUCAUAUUUUGAUUUUGCCAGUGAGCACAGGUAAGAAUAUUUUACACGCUAAUGUAGUUAAAUUGCUAUUGGAGCCUCGUCGUCCACGUCCACUACUUCAACAACGGGCACGGGUUUGGCUCGCCGCCGUCUUUUUCGCAGUCGCCGCCAUCUUGUUUUGCCUAAUGAGUUUGUGUGUGUUUGAAAAUUAAAAGUAUUGCAUGUAGACGCGUUUAGUUUCCUUAAAUAUAAAAAAAAAAAUGCUUAGCUUGCUCCCACAGCCCUUGCCUAAGUUCAAGAUGAAAAAAUUGCAAUGCUUCUUCUUCCUUUUUAAUUUUGAGGUCGCGAUCGCCGUCUCCGUAUCCGUCGUUGCCGCCUCUCAAGCUGUGCGCAGUGCAACAGAACGCGUAGAGUUACGUAGAAAUAUAUCGCAGUUUGUUAUUUGAUAACGGAAGAACCGUGGAAGACGCCGUAGCCGAAACCGUCGCCGUGAUGCCCGGAGCCGGCACGUUCAAGUUAUUCAUCGGUAAUCUCGAUGAAAAGACGCAGGCAACCGAGCUGCGUGCGCUUUUCGAGAAAUACGGUACUGUCGUCGAAUGCGAUGUUGUCAAGAAUUAUGGGUUUGUGCACAUGGAAACCGAGCAGCAGGGUCGCGAUGCCAUACAAAACUUGAACGGUUACGUGCUGAACGAUAACGCUAUCAAGGUGGAGGCCGCCAAAAGUCGACGCGCUCCCAAUACGCCCACAACGAAAAUUUUUGUUGGCAACUUAACCGACAAAACGCGUGCGCCCGAGGUGCGUGAACUUUUUCAAAAAUACGGUACUGUCGUCGAAUGUGACAUUGUGAGGAACUAUGGGUUUGUGCAUUUGGAUUGUGUCGGUGAUGUGCAGGAUGCAAUUAAGGAGUUGAACGGUCGCGUUGUCGAUGGCCAGCCGCUCAAGGUGCAGGUCUCAACCAGUCGUGUGCGCCCGAAACCCGGAAUGGGCGAUCCGGAGCAGUGUUACCGUUGCGGCCGUUCCGGUCAUUGGUCGAAAGAAUGUCCGCGCUGGACAGGCGCCGGUGGUCGCGAGCCGCCACCACCGCUCAGCGCUGGUGGUUACAGAGAUCGCAUGUAUAGUCGUGAUCCGUAUCCGCCACCACCUCCACCGCCGCCCUUCCUGCGUGAUCGCAUUAUGGACGGCUUUAGGGACUAUGAUUACUAUGACCGCCGUUUUGAAGAUACGCGUGAUCUGUACGAACGUCGCUAUCAGUCAUCGCGUAUACGAGAUUUUCCACCACCGCCCAUAUCGCGUCGCGAGCCCAUGCCGCUGCCCCCACCGCUGAGCGGCAGCUUGCGCAGCUGCAGUGUAUCACGUGGCUACGAUACCAUGUUCAGUCGCCGCUCGCCGCCGCCCCCACGCAGCAGCAACGGCAUGAGUCGUUAUGGCUCCCCCACACCGCAUGGCUAUGACGACUUUAGUCGUGACUCGUUUGACGAGCGCAUGAUAUCGUCGCGUGGCAUGCGCGGUCCAUCACCGCCAGGUCGCCGCUAUGCGCCCUACUGAGAUGAGUUUUAUUACAACGGCAGCAGCUGAGUAUUGGCACAGCCGCUACCGAAUUGCACAUGCAACACCCUCGGUGAUGAAUCAGGUUGGCUAGUCCA